AUGUCUGGAUUCAACACUUCAGGCGUCCUCAGCGUCGCCCCGGCUCGAAUGCUCGUUCCAAUACUUUUGAUUCUUAUGUGGUAUCUGGGCCGCCUGCACUCCCAGUACGAACCCAUCGUCACAUCCAAAGUCUCAUCCAGACUUGAAGAAGCGCGAAAAAUGAUCCCAAGCGUCAAGCUAGAUUGGCCAAUUCCUCUGGCAAAAGACCCCCGUGCCGCUUUCAAUUCGUCCAAGCUCGCUCUUCUGAUCGAGGCCAGGCCACUGCCUCACCUGCCUCCGCUGAUACUGCAUAUGAUGGCAGUGAUACCGCCCGACUGGCGAUUCCUCUUUAUCGGCUCGAAUGAGAGCAUAAUUGGUGUUAGCCGGGCUUAUUCGAUCAAGCACCAGCAGGUGAUUGGCAAACUGGAUUUGGUGGAGCUUCCCCCUCCCUGGAGUAUUGCAAGCAAAGAGGACGUUUUCAGGUUGCUCACUGACUCGAGAUUCUACGACGAGUUCCUCACAGACGUAGAAUGGAUUCUGAAAUACGAACAUGACAGUAUUCUAUGCGCAAACUCGGAAACAAGCGUGGAUGACGGGCUUGGCUGGGAUUGGACUGGCGCUGCGCGCAUGGGUGAUGGCCACUUCUCUGGAUAUGGCGGCCUCUCGCUACGUCGAGUAUCAGUAAUCAAGCGAGUGCUUAGCUUUCAAGCGCGCUUCAACGACUCGGAGCCCGAAGACGAGUGGUUCGGGAAACGCCUGUGGGUACUCCCUGGUGCUAAAGUGGCAUCCAGAUUCGACGAUGCCAUUGCUGUUGAAGACGUAUACAUGGAGAGACCAAUGGGCUAUCACAUUCGUGAAGGUGGUGGCAGCUUGGACAAGAGUGUGUGGGGAGAUGCAGCUCGCCGGAAGGAGAUAUUCGAAUAUUGUCCGGAGCUGAGCAUGAUUAUGGACAUGAAAUUAGAACGACAGAGAUGCCCAGACGAUGAUGGGAACGGAGAUAGAGAAAUGGCUGACGUGCAAGUGACGACUGCAGUCUUGGGAGAAGGGGAUGAUGCUAAGGCGUUGCCAAACGAUGCUGAAUCUGCAGUGCUGCCACCGCAGCCUCCCCCUUUGCCUCAGCCAUGGAAGGUUUCUGUUACCACGUUUGGAAGCCCACUUCGUACCGGCAUAGAUUAG